GCCAGUGGAAAUAGCCAGAGAUGGUGUCAAAGGUUUUCUGGAAUCCAAGAUGUCCACCAGUCUUGGCGUCGUGGUGCUCGGCCAAGAGCUGGGUACGGAGACCACGUGCGUCGGGAAUGCAAAGUCGGCAAGUGCCUUUGGUGUUGAUGUAGAGGAGAUUGUCGUGGAAAGAGUAGUCGGGGACAGGGUCAAGGUCACGAAGCUUGUUGUAGACGCAAGCUUGGCAGGGCGUGACGUCUUUCUUGGUGAGAAUGGAGACUAUGGUGUUGUCGGUGCGAAUGGUGAAGUAUUGCCCGUCGAGGUACGAGCGCCAGACUUUGAGGGCGUGGAUCACGUCGAGGAGUUCCUUCUCGUUGGAGGGGUAGUUCAUCUCCGCGGGAAGGAGCUUCUUGCUUGCGAAGGCGAUGGGGUAUUCGCCGGGUGGAGCCUCAGAGUGGGUGGGGGAGUCUUUGAUGGAGGGGGUUUCGGAGGUGUCGCGAGGAAAAUGUUGCGAGAGGACGGCUCCAAUGGCGAAGUCGAAUGCAUCAGUGGUAACGUAGAAAUGUCGAGAGGGGUCGGCGAUCUUGAGGACAGGGGUUGUGGUGAUGGUUUAUUUGAGGAAGUCGAAGGCGUUUUGGCGGUGGUCGUUCCAAUUGAAGGGCUCAUCCUUGCGUGUGAGUUCGUGGAGUGGGUAAGAAAUGUCGGAGAAGUUGCGGAUGAAGGGACGGAUAGAGAGGAUUUGGCGAAGGUGCUGAAGGUGGGACUCGAAGGUGGGGCUAUAGGCGAGGAUAUCAUCGAGGUAGAUGACAACACAGACUUCGAGGAGGUCGGGGAAGAUGUGAUUCAUUGUAGAUUGGAAUGUGGCCGGGGCGUUCGUGAGUUCGAUGGGCAUCACGAGGAAUUCAUAGUGCCCGAAUCGGGAACGGAAGGCGGUCUUGUGGGUAUCCUCCUCGUGGAUGCGGAUCUGGUGGAAGCCACUGCGGAGGUCGAUCUUGGUAAAAUACUUGGCUCCACAGAGUCGAUCGAGAAGCUCGGAGAUCCGAGGUAGGGGGUGCUUGUUCUUGAUCGUGAUCCAAUUCAAGGCACGGUAGUCUCUGCACAGCUUGUACCGAAGGGGGAGGAGCUUGGCUUAAUGAAUCCUUUUUCAAGGA